CUAAUUUCAAAAUAUCCGUCAAACUCUACAACUUUAUUUUGACUAAGAACCUAAACUCAUUUGAUUGUUACCAUAAUAUUGGAGAUUGUAGAACGGCACAAAGGCGGCUAUUUCAAUAGUCAGGCGUUUAAGGGCUGGCUUGAUUUAUAAGUAUAUCUGACACUCGUUCUUCCUUUAAUAGUGUACCCAACCUUCGGAAAAUCUAGUGUUAGUGUCAAUUUGUUUGCUACUGGACCUUAGAGACGUCCAGUUAAAAAGUAGUCAGGAUGGUGUCAGGCCUUCCUCAAAUGGGACUUCUUGGUACGGUGGAUGAAGAUGAACAAGCACCUCGUGGAAAUAUUUUAAAACUUUGGGGGAACCCACAAACUAUGAAUUUAAACACAAUGAUUUAUACGAACAUUGCUCAGUCCCCAUACUUCAAAGCCAACUUGGUCGAGCUGAAAACGUACCAUGAAGUUAUCGAUGAAAUAUAUUACAAGGUUGAACAUUUAGAACCAUGGGAACGUGGGAGUCGACGUAUAGGGGGUCAAACAGGUAUGUGUGGUGGGGUACGUGGAGUGGGUGCUGGUGGUAUCGUGUCAACGGCUUAUUGUCUUUUGUAUAAACUUUUCACUUUAAAGCUUACAAGAAAACAACUCAAAGGCCUCCUCGAUCACCCAGAUUCUCCAUACAUACGUGCGCUGGGCUUCAUGUACAUAAGAUAUUGCAUUCCCCCUGAGGACUUUUGGUGGUGGUACUCACCUUAUUUGAGCGAUUCUGAGUACUUCCUGAUUCACUCGGGUUGAUGGUCUUUUCGGGUCAGUCGUCUAGCCUAUGUUACUUGUAAGGAAUUAGAUGUUUUUUUUUGUUGUUUCCCCCUGGAUUACAUGUUACUUUUUGUCUUUUAGGAACUAGAUGUGAAGGCGGGAGGCGGUUGCAUUAUGACGAUAGGGAAUAUGUUAGAACACUGGUUAACUAAACUAGAUUGGUUCUCUACCCUAUUUCCACGUAUUCCUGUCCCGGUUCAAAAGAAACUGGAAGAAAAAAUGAGACUUCGCAAAUGCCAGGCCCUUUUGGAAGUUGGUUCUGUUCAAGGAAAGGAAAGUAAGAGGCUCUCAGAUCGAAAUCGCGACGGUUCACAUCAUAAGUCAGGUGGGCACUCCCACAGACAUGAAAAACAUAGGUAAGUGAACGUGUUUUGUAUACACCACUGACUGAUUACUUAUUUUGGUUGACGAUUUAAUUUCCCUGUUACGGUGUUGCCUAAAAUACAAAUGGCUGUCAGCAUUCACCGGACAUUCUAAAUGUCAGACACUAUGUUGUGAACGUCUAGUCUAUAAAUAUCAGUAGGUCCUGUCAUUGUCCACCUACUUAGGUUUCUAUAUCCCAUAAUUUGUUUGAAGGAGCGACCCUAAGAUGUACAUCACUCAGCCCUGGUUCUAAACGUGACCUCUGGGAUCAACACCACAGACUAUAUUGAUACCAGCCAUCCUUGUAGAGGUUCAGUAUAAUACUGCUCUCUUUCGGAUCACUGAUUUGGAUUCCUACUUUGUUUUGGUCAUAAGGGAUUCUGUUUUAUUGAAUACAGAAAGGUGAACAAAAACACGUUUUAGAGCUCAUCUCAAUGGAAAGAUAAUAUCCAUACAACUGUUAAUAAGACCCUGAUAUUUGCCGCCAACUGGAAAUGUUAAAAAAUUAAGUGGGUUUUGAAAACCACCAAAUUGAUUGCUGCCCGAGUACUUGCCUUGGCAGCCUUAGUGAAUGACAAGAAGCAAAGAACGCAAACUGAAACUAACUAAAGGUUCGCGCGAUAAUCGUAAAGGAACUAAAAUAGAAGAGAUGUAUAAAGCAACGGAUAUAGAUAAUGGUGUAUAAACACACGAAUUUCAGCGAACUUAUUAUCAAACUGUACAGCCGUAUAUCUAUGUGAGAUUUUUUCAUGUUAAAGUACUAGUCCCAUGAGGACAUAUGAACAAGGAAUAACCAUGAUGACGCAAUUGAAAGAUUAUUAUGCUGGAUUACGUAAUAUGAGUAAUAACAAUAGACUUGAUGUUAGUAACGAAUUUAAAUGUUCAGUAAGAUGAUUAAAAUGUUUUUGUUACAAUAAUUAAAGGUAUAUAACUUUGUGACUCAUCAGUGAGACAAGUAUUGGGAAGUCAACUGUUAGCGAAACAAUUUCGGGAAAAGCUGAAACCGUAACCCACCAUUACCAAGUUACUUCAAUGCGAGAUGGGGUUAGUCGAAUUAAUAUCAAUGUUUUAGUAACAUUUUCCUCCAUGAAAUCUGCACAGUAGAAUAUAGUAGUUACCUUAGUAUUUUACUCUUAAAUUGUGAAACUUAGUUGUCAUUGCCGUUUAAAAUCGAAAUAUGUAUUUAACUUUAAUUCCAAAAGUUUCAUACAUUCUUUAACUGAUGAUUUUGUGCAGCCCGAAUAAACGGGUUAAGAUAUUACUUCGUUCCAGGGCAAAGUUACUGAGUGCUUGCCGGGGUCAAGAUUUUGUUAUCUACGGAGUAAACAUAAUUGCUCGUUUUACUUGAGGGAACUAGUUUGUGUAAUUUGUGGAGCAAUUUAUUUUCGUGUACGCAUUACUGCUUAUUCAAAGUGUUAAUUUUCGUCUUCAGGUCUGAUCGUGAUAAACGCAGACAUCAUUCUCGACGGUCUAGAUCUAGAUCACGUGAACGUCGUCAUUCGAAAACCCCAACCGAACGAGAAAGUUCAUUUGAACGAGAUUUAAAGCGUGCACGAGAGAGACAAGAACGUGAUCGACGUAGAAGUCGAAGUUAGAUUAACUGAUUCUUAAUUAUGUGUAUUUAAUGUCCUCAUUAGUAUUUAAUUGAUUGAUAAAAUUCCUUACUUUUGUUUUCAUUGUAUUUGUAUUGACUAAAAACAAUAAAAACUGUAUUAUAAUUUGUUUAUUGCUGUUAGUCAUCUCACGGACCUACUUUAGUAAUUCCUUUGCACCUACCUUGUAUUGAUUGUGUUAAAUCUACGGUAACUGCUAAACAUUUGAUUACUUCGCCACACACUGUACCACCAACCUUCUUCAGGCAUUUCAUAGUCCUACCGGUUCAGUUACUCAUAGCAUCCGAAUUCAGAACGAACCGUGAAACUAAUGGUUCGAUAAUUUGUGAUAAAUUUCGAUUAUUUCCAUAAUGCAUGCCCUAUCCAACCUCAACGUCCUUCCUGAUUUCUUCCUCACCUUUAAGCUAGCUUGUUCUCUGCCACAGUUAAUUAUUGCUGAUGGUCUCCGGUCAGUAGAUUUGAAGCAUCUUACGUAGACGGCUGUUUGUAAUAACCUGAACCUUUUUGGUGAUGGUUGUAGUGGUUCUCCAAGUCUCAGCAUUGUAUGACAGAACCGUUUCAACGUUUUGUGUUGAAAAUUCUCACUUUUGUCUUAAGUGAUUGUCUUUUUAAGUCCCAAAUAUUCUUCAGUUGUAGGAAUGCUGUUGCUUUGCUAGUCCGUCCCUCACAUCUACAUCAGUUCCUCCUUGUUUAUCAAUGAUAUUACCCAGGUACGUAAACUUUUCCACCCCUUUUAGAGCUACACCUUUGAGAGUUAAUUGGUUGAUGCUCACUGUGUUUUACUUUAGGAUGUCGAUUUUUUCUUUGUGAAUGUUGAGGCCUACUGCUGCGGAAGCCGCUGCUGCAGUUUAUCUUUGUCUGCAUUUGUUGCUGUGUAUGGGACAAAAGUCCCAAGUUGCCCAGCUGCAACCAUGGUAUCCACCGUAUUCCUUGCUUCUACUGGAACGUGGAGUUCUUCAUAAUCCAGCCAACAACCAGAAAUACAAAAGGUGACAGGUAAUCUUGUCGGACAUCAGUCUUGACUUGGAAUGCAUCUUGUGUGGCGCAUAUGUAUUUGGUGCCCAUUUGUACCAAUAUUUGUGUUCAAACAAAUAAAAAAUAGUAAGCUGCCGUCCAUGAGCUAUUUUACGACUCAUUCCUUAGGAGUCCAAUAUGAUGGUGAUGGUCUUAUCAGGUACUCUAUAGUGUCGAAUAAUCCACAAAGUUAGCAUGUCUACGCCGUCGAAUAUUCUCUCCUAAUCAAGGAAGUUGAUGAGUUUCAUUCAGUUGACUACUCAACAAUAGUCCGAAAUGUUUUGUGGUCGGUACGUGAUCGGUCUUUACACAUAAAUAUUCUAGUGCCUCGUUGUACCAAUUUUUGUGUUUAAAUAAAUAAAUGUAUCGUAUAGUUGUCUCAUAUUCCUUUCCCUGAAACUUUCCUUGCUGUUGUUAGGUUCUCUACAUAUUUCCACAUGUCAAGUGUAAUGUUUUUCUUCACUCGUUUGCUUGCUUCUGUACAUUCGGCCUGUGUGCUGGCUCUCUCUUCUCUUGUGCAGCUUUUGCUGCUUAACUUUCUUUUUCUGUCUUGUGUCUUCCUCAGGGUACCGAUGGAGAUGUACUCUUUAUGCUGGCUCUUCUUUAAGCUCAACACCUAGUAUGCUAAAGUUAUUGUUUCUUUCAUUCAUUCCUAGUUGUUCUCAUUGGGGUUUCUUCUGGUAGGUCUUAUAAAGUUUGGAACUUGUUGCUGAGAGCUAUCCUGAAUUUUAUCAGCUUGUUAGCAUAUCAGUUUGUGUUAAACCUUUGUAAUGCUUUCUGUCAAGUUGUCCAAUGCUUCUUUAGCCUCAGUUUCAACUUUCCCACUAUCAGGUGAUCUGGAACUGUAUUAGCUUCCCGCAUUGUUUUUAAGUCUUCCAUGGGCUUUCCGGACUUUAUGUUGAUUCAUAUGUGACUGAUGUGGUUCUCUGUAGUCUGGUCCGGUGAAACCUCUAGCUUUAUGUAUAUGGGUUUGUAGAGAAAAUGGUACUACCCAUAACCAUAUCGUUUAAUGCACAUGGAUUUCCCGAUCUCUCACCAUUCUUGUUCCUCCUAGUUUAUAUCACCCUGUGAUAUAUUCUUACCUGGUGUUGUCCAUCUCGACCUUGCUGUUUAGGUCCCUCACCAGUAUGGUCCUUCCGGUCCUUAACAUUGUUUGGACAUUCCAUUUACCUAUACUAAUUUUUGCUCUGGUUGUCAGAAGGAACGUCGACCUCAUAACUUUUGGAGAAUCUCGGCUUUUUCCAUGAGCGUCAUAACUCUUCUAUAUGAAGACCCUUCAGUUACCAGGGUAGGGUCCAAGUUAUUUUUUUCUGGUUAGUUUUUUUCUAACAAUAUUCUGUUUUGUAGGGUGGGGUUGUUAACCCCAUGCUUGAGACCGGCAGUAAAGCUAAAAGAGCUCCAGGCGGUCUGUGUUCUGUAGCAUAAAGGGCCUCAUGGUGACCAAUAGUGAUCACCUGAUCAAACAUGGGCAUUCCAGGUCUCAACCAUGUAGGGUUGUCAUAAUAUUUUUUCUAUGAGCUAGAUGCUUCGAUAUGUAUAAAUCAACAUCAAAAGCAUUUUCACACUCAAAUUUUACUGUGUUCUAAGGAUCAAAUGGUCUGUAAUUUAUUCAUUGGUCAUGUACAAUACUCGUCUUCAUUUUUCAGUCAUGGCAUUAAGAUGUGGUUAAUCAAUAUUUUGACCUUAAAUUCUUGGGGUUCAUUGGCUGGAGAUGUAUUUCGCACGGUUUGUAUGUAUCAAAUAUGUGAUACAUGAGUACGAUAUAGCAUAGUUUCAUUCUAGUGUUGGGGAUGCUGAAUCCUCAAAUACUGCAAUUAAUAAGAAAUCCAUCUUAAAGUUCACAUUUUUAUUUAAAAUGAAAUUUGUUCAUUUGUACUAUAUUUUUAUGAGUUAUAAUCCAUUCGAUAUGAAGUUAGUUUCUUUGGUUUUUGAUUAAUUUCCGUUAUAUGGAUUAAUUCACUGGUUUUGUUUUGAGUGACGGUUGCUCAGUUGAUGAACUCUGUCAUGAAUAAUCGGCGGAUCUAAUCGGUAUAUAACUGAACUGAUUCGAAUGUAAUUUAAUUUUGCUGGGAUCCUCUUAUUGACAAGGUUUUUCUUUCUUCCAUUGUGCGGCUGAUUAUCGUUGAAAUGUAAUAUUAAUCCUCCGGUCUAUUUAGUGUCUAUAUAUACCGUUUCGUGUUGGAAGAAUCUCCCAGACCCCCAUCAUUUGAAAUAAACAUACCCGAUCUCAAUCGAAAACGUUUGGAUUCACGGUCUUCAGAUUAGUGAGAUUUUAUUAUUACUCAAGAUGAAGUUCCUGUUAAUGGUUAUUCGAUUUCAUGAGUCGAGUAGAACCCAUGCCUUCAUGAAUAAUAAUUUAUGGAGGAAUAAAGAAAUCUGUACUUGGUUAGAUCUUGGAGUUUUUCUGGAAACUGAACUUCAAUAUGUUUUUUACUGAAUCAACUAUUUACUUGCUAUAUAAACAUAUCUCAUGCAUUCAGACUAGAACAACCUAAUAAAUGUGACUCAGCAUAAGUGUCAGUUCAUUUACUAGAAUUUAUUUAUGUAAAGACUGGUGAUACCACUUCACUCAAAUUGCUACUAUGUAGUUUAACUCAUUUAGGAAGUAUUUGCUUUGAACUACACUCCUACAGUGUUGAAAACUUGGACGACAGCGUCAAAUCCUUCUUGGUCUUCAUCAAUCGAUUUCCUAGAUAAUGUUAGUUCGUAGUAGAAGCUUGCUAUGAUGAUCUAUUUAACUAAAUUACCGAUCAUAAUCGUAUAAUGUAUCUACGCACAUAUUCUGUGUGUAUGUAGACAUACGUUAUGUAUCAUGUGGUUUGUGGAAAUUUCAUCAGUUGCGCAGUCGAUAUGAGGUAGUGACGAUAGCUGUCACAGUAUAUUGUAAAUAUUCGUCUUCUAUUACUUAUGAGUAGCUUGGUUUAUUUGGUUUAAAUAAUGUGUAUGACAUCUACAUUCACCAAUAAAAUGAUAUCAUCAGAGAAUAAUGUUAAUACAGAUUUACUAAAAUAUUCUUAGAUCAUUUUGAAUAUCCAUAAAAGGACUUUCUCAUUAUGGUGGGGGAAUAAAACCACAGGCAGCUUUUUAUGAAAUUAUCAUAAACUAAGUUACUUAAAAACAUGACAUUUUUCACUACUUAAUGAUCAGUCGAUUGUAAAUAUCUCAGUCCUACAAAAAAGGUCAGUGGCUACCCGACUAGUUUUUUGGUAACGUCUAAAAAUGUAAGAUCGGGUGACGGGGGAUUGAACUCUUCAGAGAACACCAGUCCUCUCAAUGAUACAGGUACAUUCUGCUGAUGAGUGUUAAAUAGCAGGAAAUCUAAGGUUUCAUAUAAACUACCUUCAACCACCACCUUACAUCUCAAUACAGUGCACGGGAUGUUGGGUCACUUAAAUCAGUGAAUUUGUCGUAACUUGGUGAACAGGAUUUGAUCAGAAUUAAACAAACAUGACGUUGAUCAUUACUUAGUUAUCAAUCAACUGGAAAUACAAUACACUAUAAUCUUUUUUUUUUCACGCUCAGAUGAGUGGAAUCACUUUUUAUAUUGCUAUCAUAUCCUCAUAAACUGGAUAGUCUGAUUUUAAAGGCUACACUACUCAGAUGGAUUACUUUCACAAGACGCGACAUGCUUUUUGUUGUUAAACGAGGGGAUUCUGCGCAUGAGGUCCUAGGUAGAGUGCUUUCUCAUGAACAUAGAAAUAUAUAAUCUCAUACAUAAACAGUAUACACUCACUCACAUUUCAAGAAUCAUAGAGUUCUACUAUGGUAAUGUACUGCUGCAUAAAUUUACUAAUGUUCUCACAGUUAUACCUACUGACUAUUACUAAACUUCUGAUGAAAUUACUAAUGAUGUAGUCAGGCGUAGAGUUUAGAUCAUCCCUUGAGUUUAAUCACUAAAGUUUAUGAGUUGAAUCCUUCCAAGUGAACCUUUUUGAUACCGGCUUUAUAAAUGAAUAAUUUCCAUACCACAAAUUGUUUUAUUGCCUAACUCAACAUGGCGAAAACUGUUCAGACUUACCUCGAUAGAAUUCAUAGAUUAUAGAACACGCAAUACUAAUAAUUUGUGCAACAGAACAGACAAACUUGAUUGCUUGAUCGAUGGUAAAUUUAAUUUAAAAGAGUUACUUCGGGGUUGAUCUAUAAGUAAUCAGUAUUAUUUGAAUUAAAGUCACUAUAUGAACUCACAUCCUCAUAUCGUCGGCUCGUACUAUAGAUUGUUCGGCUAUCCGAUAAAUUAUUGUCUAAUCAUAAAAGGUUACUGACGUUUAAUUUUAUGAACGCAACUAGGUGAUCAUGUACGGGUUAAUGUUCUACUACAUUAAUGUACACUAGUAGUGCUGUCAAACUGGUCAUAUAUAACUUCAACCAAAUGACUGAAAUUCACGUUGUUUGGUUUAGUAAAGCUUGUACCAACAUACAGUCAACCAAAGCUCAUCAACAAAAUGAUGUUGUAUAAUCUGUCAAAGUUAUUUGCUAGUAUUUGACUAGGCUAAUCGUUGAAUAUAAUCAAUUAGUAAUGAGUAAUAUUUGUGUAAUGAAGCUAUAACUGGAAUGCCUGUUAAUUCUUAUGUGAAAUAUUAAACUAGGUAUUCUCUAUUUUAUUUUUUAUAUUAGUAGACUAGUAGUGGUUACGAUCUCGACCGUCUCUGCUACCUUGAAGUGGUUGUCGGGCUUGUCUAUCGUGAUGAGCCAAUCAAGCCAUACUGGCUGGAACAUUCGUUCCUCAAGAUCCCACCGUGCCAGACAGGUCGGUUGAAGAGCGGUAAAACUAAAGGCAGCAAACCCAAGGUCCGAUGGCGAAGUGGUGCUGCUGACUUCACAGAGGUGUGAUGGCAGUAAGGUGUUUCCUUCAGAUAACCAGAAUGACAGCGGUGCUGCCAUCCCACAAGGAAGGGUGCGGUUAGAAAAGGUCAACCCUAAAAAUGCACAACUCGUCUUAUCUCACGGAUUUCCAUCUUCCGAGAUAAGGACCCAACAAACCCGGAGUUAACACGAAAGUUACUCGCAAAAACGUCGUGUGUGAUUGGCCUUAAGCAGUUGUCCCUUGUGCAUUGCGGUUACGCUCUCAGGUCACUAUGACAACCUCUAACCCAAUUUCCUUUUCAGGUAGCUCUAGAAGAACCCUUCCAUGAUGUGGACAACCAGGAAGUGAAAACCGCCCUCACAUGUCUAACAGCACUUAAGACCACUGUAUUCAUAAUCUCCCUCUUCAAUUCCUAUUAUUUCUCUUACCUCGACUUUCAACUCUAAACUUCCUCUUUUGGCUUCCUCUCCAAGUGUCACCAUAGCCAACGAUUCUAGUGCGCGAAACACUGUCCCAGGUCUACUGAAAGCUCGCUCCAUACUACACAUUGGGGCAUUCAGCGUACGCACCCUAUGUCAAAUCGGUCAGCGGGCCUCUUUGGCUAAAACUCUAAAAUCUCGUAACAUGGAUGUAUGCUGUGUCUCCGAAACACACAUACAGGAUCC